CGGAUCAGGGGCUAAUUUUAUCAUUGGACGGGAACGGAGUAUGUAUUUAAGCAGAGGAAACAUAAGUGCCGAGGAAACUAGUGCUUGCCACACUUGAAACCCGCGCAUUUUGUGUUAAAUCUCCUCUAUAAGGUGCAUUUGAAAUCCCUUUCAAAUCCGCUAGGGCACUGGGAGGGGUUGCAGCGAUUGAUGGGCGAGCAAUAAUGCCAGCUGCUUCGGCGACUCUUUAGAGUUUACAGCGUAAUCGGAGUUAGUGUAGAAAAGGAGCGAGUUAAAAAAUGACAGAGAGCACCGGGUUUCAGCUUGGAACGAUUGGAGCUUUGGGCCUCUCUGUUAUAUCUUCUGUUUCAAUUGUUAUCUGCAACAAGGCGCUCAUCAGCACUCUUGGAUUUAACUUCGCCACAACUUUAACCAGUUGGCAUCUUUUGGUAACAUUCUGUUCUCUACAUAUAGCAUUAUGGCUGAAAUUAUUUGAACAUAAGCCCUUUGAUGCACGUGCUGUAAUGGGGUUUGGUAUUCUGAAUGGGAUUUCAAUUGGACUUCUGAAUCUUUGCUUGGGUUUCAACUCUGUUGGAUUCUAUCAGAUGACAAAGUUGGCAAUAAUCCCAUGUACUGUUCUGUUGGAAACUGUUUUUUUCCGGAAGCUUUUCAGCCGAAAGAUCCAGUUUGCCCUUGUAAUCCUACUAAUUGGAGUUGGCAUUGCAACUGUCACUGAUUUGCAACUCAAUCUUCUGGGAUCAAUUUUGGCUGUCCUUGCGAUUCUGACGACAUGUGUUGCACAAAUUAUGACAAACACCAUACAGAAGCGAUUCAAAGUGUCUUCAACUCAGCUCUUGUACCAAUCAUGCCCUUACCAAGCAACAACAUUGUUCAUCACUGGUCCCUUUGUGGAUGGGCUCUUGACAAACCAAAAUGUGUUUGCAUUUAAGUAUACACCUCCUGUUCUUAUUUUCAUUGUAAUAUCUUGCUUGAUCUCCGUGUCUGUCAACUUCAGUACAUUCCUUGUGAUUGGUAAGACAUCCCCAGUCACAUAUCAAGUAUUAGGACAUUUGAAGACUUGCCUGGUUCUGGCAUUUGGCUAUGUUCUACUUCAUGAUCCAUUUAGUUGGCGAAAUAUUUUGGGAAUAUUAAUUGCUAUUAUUGGAAUGGGCUUGUAUUCCUAUUUUUGUACAACUGAAAGUCAAUCGAAACCAAGUGAGACACCUGCACCUCAGGUUAAGGAAACUGAAACAGAUCCUCUCCUCACUGUUGAGAAUGGUGCCAACAAAGCUAAUGAGAAUGUGGGUUCGAAGACACCUAUAUGGAGCCCAAGCAAGGAUUUGCACGCUUAAGUGAAGCUCGCUAGAGGCUAGAUUGCUUUUAAAGCUACAUUAUAUCCUGGGAAUCUGAAGUUAAAAUUUAUUAAUCUAGAGAACAUUACAAGUACACUGAUAGUAUGGCACAGUUCACAAGGUUACCUAUGCCCAACAGGUUUGUAAGAAGAUAGUUACUAUUGGAGCUUGCCAAACAAAGACAUGGAUGAACAAGCUUGAUAUUCAUAAGAGGUUUGGAUUUAUUUGGUACUGUUGUAGACGGUAUUGAUCAAUUUUGCUGGUGAACUGUAGAUUACUCGACAGCUGAAACCUUGUGCCAAAUGGCCACAGAAAUGAAGCUGCCGAUUGAAUUAUUGCAUUUCAUCUGGAGAAGAUUUGGAUAAUGUAGAGUACAAAAUGCUUUUCUAAAUGUUUGUAAUGGUAGCUGGAAUAAGCGACUAUGUUUGGAGAUGUAGUUGGGAACUUAAGCUGCAUCAAUCAAAACUGAUGUACAAAAUCAUUAAAUGUUUGUACUGAAUCGACAUCUUGUAAGAGACUGAUGUAAUUUUAAAUGUUUCGUCUUCUAUUCUUCAUCCAACAAAGAUGCAGUUGAUAUA